CUAGUCGACUAAGACAGUAAGACUACCCCCUCUCUUUAAAUGAGGCCAACCUAUACUCUCCUGUUUCUCCAUUGGUAACAGUAACCAGUAGUAGCAGUUGCAGGCGCCGUUUCCCUUUUUUACACUCUCCUCUCUCCUUUUCCCCUUUCCUCUUUUGUUUCUCUCUGCAACAACAUGCCGGGAGCUUCUCACUAUCUUCGCAAACCGUGACCAUUCCCCCCUCUCUCUGUCUGUCCAUCUGUCCCUCUCUCUUCCUCAGCAGCAGCAGCAGGGAAGAAGAAAAGAGAAAAUGGUUGGUAUUUCUUCUCUUCCCCACUGGCUUGAGGUCCUUCUCGGAGAGAAGUUCUUUAAUCCUUGUUUGGUUCAUGAGUCUGCAAAGAAGAACGAGAAAAACAUUUUCUGCUUGGAUUGUUGCACUAGUAUAUGUCCUCACUGCUUAUCUCCUCACCGUUCUCAUCGGCUCUUACAGAUAAGAAGGUAUGUUUACCAUGACGUUAUACGGCUGGAUGAUAUCGAAAAAUUAAUCGAUUGCGCCUUUGUUCAAUCGUACACGACGAACAGCGCAAAGGUGGUAUUUUUAAACCAGAGGCCCCAGUCUCGGCCUUUUAGAGGCUCCGGCAGCAUCUGCAGCACCUGCGACAGGAGCCUGCAAGACCCAUAUCUCUUCUGUUCUCUCGCCUGCAAGGUUCAUCAUCUGGCGAGGAGCGAAGGUGGAGUGUCGAAGUAUCUUUUCGAGUGCGAAUUCCUUCCAUUACCGGAAGGAGGAAAAGGAGAGAGCUGUUGCGAACUGGAGGAUGGGCAAAUGACGCCCAGCUCGGUACUGGAAUCGCCAAUUUCUUUACACACCUCAUCCGGGUCCAGCGCAAGUGGUGGUGGUGGUGGCGUGGGUUGCAGGACCCUUGCCUGCACUGCUACGACGGAGUUCGUGAAGAAGAAGCGGACCAGCAUUUCGGUUUCAAGGACGACGUAUCGGCCGACAUGUUCACGCGCGUCGGAAAUCUCAAUCAGUAACAGGCGAAAGAGUAUCCCCCACCGGUCGCCACUUUAUUGAUCGUGUACGAAGAAGCAAUUAAGAAAGGUAUUGGGGAAUGGGGAGGAGGGGUGUUGUGGGGGACAUACAUGGAAUUUCCAUGUUUUUUGUUUUGUUUACUUACAUGGUGUCUCUGCAUUGCCAAAGCACAACCCUCCCAAUUUUGUAGAGGAAUUAUUGUUCUUUCUCUUUAGGUCACUAUUGCUUUUGUCUCUCUCUCUUUCUCUCUCUCUCUCUCGUGGAUAACAGAACAACAAACAAAGAAUGCAGUCAAUAGUGGGGAGAAGGGCCUGAUUCUAGUAAUGCUUUGUCUUCUCUUUCUUUUUCUUUUCUUUUCUUUUUUUUCCUUCUUUGGGAUUUUUGUUGGUCCCAACGUCCUAAUGUUAGCUAUAAUUCUGGUCAAUUCAAAGCUUUAUAUUCGGUUAAA